UGGUUGCAAUGUCUCUCGGCUCUCGGCAACGUCAGUUGCGCUGUUGCCUCGUCGUUGUCUUGGCCUUAUUUGUCAGUCAGUUUCUUGUAGUGCUAGUGUUAUCACGAUAUCGAUUCUUUGAUGAUUUGGUGUCCGACAGAUCCAAUUUCCAGCACCUGAGCUUGGCCAAUAAUGUUGAUUGGCGUGCAUUUAUUGCUCAUACGCCCGAGCAGCCGGAUGCAUUCUUUCAAUACAAUCGUCAGUUAAGUGACAAGUUGCCGGCAGUGCGUUCAUUGCCAAGGACACGACAUGACAGUUGCAACACACGCACCUACAAGCUGCCACAUGCCUCGUACGCCAAGUUGAGCGUUGUGAUAAGUUUCUACAAUGAGGCGCGUUCCAUAUUGCUGAGAACGCUCUUGACCCUGAUCAGUCGAACACCCGCGGAUUAUCUCCACGAGCUCAUCAUCAUCGAUGACUGCAGUGAAGAUGCCAAUCUGUUGGAUAGACUCGAUGGACUGAUAAGGAGUAUGUUUGCCACGCCAGCUGCUUGCCCCAUUCUCAACUUCAAGCGCAAUCCUCAGCGACGGGGUCUAAUUUGGUCACGCAACGAGGGGGCACGAGUUGCAAGUGGAAAUUACUUGCUCUUUCUCGAUAGUCACUGUGAGGUUAACGAUGGAUGGCUGGAGCCCCUGCUGGACAGGCUGGCGUUGAACUCGAGCCUGGCGGUUAGUCCACUGCUGGAUCCCAUUGACCCCGAGACCUUGAGCUACCUAACUGGCAAUGUGCUGCUGAAAGGAGGAUUCGAUUGGAGUCUGCAUUUCCAUUGGCUGCCCCGACAACUGGCCGAACGGGAGCCACCAGAGCAACAAUAUAAAAGUCCAGCCUUUGCUGGUGGUAUUAUGAUGAUCUCACGCGAAUGGUUCUUUAAGUUGCACGGCUUUAACCCACACUUGCAGAUUUGGGGCGGCGAGUCCAUUGAGUUUGCCAUUAAAUUGUGGCUUUGCGGUGGACAAAUUGAGAUCGUGCCCUGCAGCCGAAUUGGACAUAUUUUUCGACCACUCCAUGCCUUUGAGUUUCCGGCACAAUUCGAACAGCAGCUGGACACUGCCCAGGCGACAUAUUUGCGGUAGAAACUCAAAAUCAUAGCCGAGUCCUGGCUGGACGAGUACAAAUAUUUGUUCUACACCCUCAAACCGGCGGCCAGACAAAUUCCAUUGAAUCUCUCCCACCAGCAUUACGAGUUGGCUCUGAUAAAGACUGGACAGCAGUGUAAUCGCUUCGACUGGUAUAUGCGGCAUGUGAACACCGACCUGAAAGUUCACAACGCCAAGUACAGUGCACUGGGCACACUGCGAAAUGAGGAUCGCUGUCUGCAUGUGGAAGAUAACUCACCGAAAGUGGAGUUGCAACUUCUCCUCGUCAGUUGCUACCAAGUUGAGAUCACGCAGUGGCAUCUGCAUCGUGAAAGCGGACAGUUGAGCACAGGAAACAAGCUUUGUUUAGGAGUUUCGAUAAAACAUAGGGAGCGACCAAAGCUGACUCUGGACUCUUGUUUGAGUGGAGAGUUGAAACAGCUUUCAAAUCAUACGCAACGUUGGCUGCGCCGUGACACAAAGUUGUUGCACGCUGCGACGCAUCUCUGUCUAGAUAAUCCGCUCACGAAUCAGCUGGAGCUGAGCAGCUGUCGCCCGCAAGCGGCCGCACAGUCAUUUCAAUUUACAUUGGAAAUGGAGGCACAAACAUAAACUUGCUAAUGAUCUUGUGGUUGAGAUGGCAGCAGAGAAGUUGGACAGGGUUGUCGCCUAAUCAAAAUGUUGCCAUGUUGUGCUAAUCUCUGUGAAAUAUUUCCUUUAUCGCAGCUACCCACAGAACAAGGGGAAGUACUAAAUAAUGUUGACAUACAGACGCACACACACACACACACACACAUACAAAGGUGAAGUGAAUGCGACGUUGUUGGCUGAUUUUUUGUCUCCGCAAAGCUAUCAAGACUUCGCGCGCUUCCUGUCGCAUUCAUCACACGCCACAGCAGACAAUGAAGCUGCAGCAGGAACAGGAGCAGGAACAGUGGCACAAGCAGGAAGAGGAGGUGGUGGAGGAGGAGGAGGAGGAGCAACAGCAGCAAAGAUAAAAGACAGCGACGUCGCGCUUAUUGUGUUGCCUUGUUUAGAAGUCCAUGGACGAGUCCAUGGAACAAUGUGGCGCGUCUGCAAUUGUUGUUCGGGGCACAUCAAAGUCGCCGGGGCGGACUGCGAAUGUAAUUGAGUUGAUGACUGCCCGACGCGCUUCCGGCAGCUUUGAUGGCCUCCGGAUGCAGGCGACAAAAAUGUGGCGGCGACAUCACAAUAAAAUCCAAUGCACAACAUUUUCCAGGCAACCUAGGACACUGGACACUGGACACAGGACAGACGACAGUAGACAAUUUGCAAUUUGAGCAUUGUUUUCGUUGGACAUCUUUUGCGGUAAUAAAGCGUAAAAGUUAAUUUUGUAUCUCGAAAGUAAC